GGCACAGGACAUGCUAGAAGCUGUAAAUUCAGUAUUCCGAGCCAAUCUCCGAAACAGCGUGACUGCAGGUCUUAACUAAGAAUUAUCAGCCGUUACUUCUUAUAAUACAGGGUCUUGAGUUCAGAUGUCGUGUACCGAUGCACACAACCAAUUUCCAGCUUCUGCUUUCAGCAAAUAUAUGCAUUUUGAACCAUACAACGGACCUUCAAUUCGUGAAGACAUUUCAGCAUGUGGUGCACAUACCAACGUUCAUCCUGGGAGUGAUCAUUAAUUCGGUUGCACUCUACAUACUCUGCAUCAGGUUAAAGAAGUGGAUGGAAUCUACGAUCUACAUGACAAACCUGAUCAUUUGUGAUAUAUUUCUGCUUUUCUCCCUGCCUUUCAAAAUCCACGCCGACAAUGGAUAUGGAAAGUGGCACCUGGGAACAACAUUCUGCAAGUUUGUAGAGUCCCUGUACUUUGUGAACACUUAUGGGACAAUCCUGUUAAUAAUGCUAAUAUCAGUGGAUCGGUACAUCGCUAUCAAGCAUCCUUUUCUGGCACGAACCCUCAGAUCUCCAAAGAAAGCCAUCAUCGCCUGUACUGUGGUGUGGGUUUGUAUCUGGUCUGCAAGCAUUCCAAUUUACACCCAAUCCGAGUGUCAGCAGCAAUACGAAGAAAUAUGUUUCGUAGGUUUUUCUGAGUUUUGGGAAAAAGGUAUAAUCCCCCUGAGUAUGGAAAUCAUAUAUUUAAUUUCUGCAUUUACUGUGAUUUUCUGUAGUAUUCAGAUGAUCAGAACAUUGCAAAGAAUGGAUGAAGAGAGAGACGAUAUAAGCAUAAAGGCAUCUAGGAACAUUAUCUCUUCAAAUCUGGUGACCUUUCUUCUCUGCUUUACACCAUAUCAUGUAGCCAUGCUGCUGUACCUUUUAGCAAGGCAGGAAUAUAUAACAGCUGGUUACCGGACAUCUCUGCGAGCCUUUCUCCAGAUGUCUCAAUGUUUGGCGACUACAAACUGUUGCCUGGAUGGAAUGUACUACUAUUCGAUCAUUAAGGGUUUCUGGAAAUCAAAGAUCAAGAAUACAGUUUGAACCCAUGUUAGAUGAAUUGCAGAAUUCAACUAGAUCAUGUGCCUGGAUCAAAUUAUAAUCAUCUACCACUGGCCUGCAUAUAACAAUGAAGUAGAAAACAAUGGAUACUGGUAAUGAAGCUAAUCGCAUGAUGAACUGACAUGAUAACAGAAUUAAAAAAUAGCUUACCAAUGUUUGGGAUAUAGAAUUUUAAAUGGUGAAAAACAUUAAUUUACUAUUGGGCAGCUACCCAAGAGGUAACAUAUUUAUUUUAUUGGGAUCUUUAUAUUUACAAAGGGCAGCCCAAAAGGCAAAAUUAACAUUUGAUUAUAGUCACUUUAAUAUCAGAACCAGGUUCCAUGUGAACGUUCAAUCAUGAAUGACUGGAAAUACAGGCAUUGGGAAUGACUUUCUUUCAAUUACAGAUGAGAUUUUAGGUUGUAUUUAUACUGAUACUUCUAUAUUGUUGCAAAUUGUUUUGAGUGUGUGCAUAAAGUCAAAUAUUGCCAUUUAACUCAGAGUCAAGCUCGCAGGAGUCCACUUCAUAAUAAUUUUUAGCUUGUAAAAAGUGUAGCCCAAAUUUAUGUGAUUUGGAUCAGAUGUCCAGAAUGGAAGACAUGUCAGAAGAGAUACAAAAUAAAAGGAAGUUUUAAUCAUAAAUAUAAAAUUGUAGAACAGAAGAAUUAAAACAGGGUAAGCAAAAUAACUUAUACAAAAUAAAGGUUCAGAUGGUGCAAAUAGAAGGCAGUUAAGAAUAGGGAAAUGAGAGGCAGCAUGGAAGUAACAAAUUAAAAGUUUUUAUUCAAAUUCUUCACAAAAUGUCUUUUGUAUAUUAAUACGUUUGGGAAGAUAGUAGGAAGCUGUUGAUGCAAAAUUCAAAAUGACGUUUUACAUUGAUAUUUUUAAAGCAGAACCAUGUUAUAUUCAAAUUUAAAAAGACCUUAAAUACACAUGGGAUUCACUUUAAAGACAACGAUUAAACUGAAAGAAAACACUUCUAAUGUUAAAAUAGGAAGAAAGAUUUAUAGUAUGUUCUACUUGAUAGGAAAUAUUCCAGCUUGCACAGGUUCAGAAGUAAAUGUGAUACACAUGUCAUUCAUGUUGGUCUCCUUCUUAAGUAACCUACCCAGAAUGACCUCUCCAGUGGGUCCAUGCCCAGUUUGCUACAAUUGAGAUAAGGAGGGUUUGGUAACCUUCCUACUCCUGCGUGUUGAUGCAAACAGCUAAUUCCAGAUCAAAGAAUUAAUAUCAGCGAGGUUUGAGCCCCAGCUGGAAUGAUGCUUGAUUUGAGUUUAAAAUCAACAGCUAGAAUCAGAAAGGAUGUCAAUCCUUGUGAAGUGAAUCUCUGGAUAUUAGAUCAAGACAUGAGUUAGAAUGGCUGAUUAUUGCUGCUAAGAUAUUCUACCUAUUGCCAAGAGUCUAAUUAAUGAUAUAACAGCCAAAUCAAAGUGAAACUUAUGUGGGACUUCUAGGAUCCACAUUGGACUUUGCUAUUGAAGUGGGUACUCAAAAUCCUGGGUUGCCUUGGGACUAAGAAUAAUUAGCAAAUCAUCCAUAUAUUUGUCACUGUACAUGGCAAGUCAGACGGUGCACCAUUUUUAAGGACUACAAAAUUAUAGUAUUUAAAAUAGGUUGUUGGAGUGUACCCUUUAAGAUUAAAAGGCAUAAUUGUUCUCUCGCUUUGGAAUUAAUGGCAGGUUUGCUUAAGAAUUCAACUUGCAAAUGAGAACCGUAGCUUUGUUUAAUUGACAGGACAAAAAAAUUUUUUUUGGUCAUUGUGGUAUCAAUAUGGUCUCAGUGAUAGGAAAUGUUAGCUGUACUAUUGGGACCAACAUGCAUCCUUCCAGAGGUCAGUACAUCUUAUCUGGGGUAAUCAUGCCUGACAAACUUAUUAGAAUUCUUUGAGGAGGUAACAAGCAGGAUAGAUAAAGGAGAACCAAUAGAUGUAAUAUAUUUGGAUUGCCAAAAGGCAUUCGAUAACGUACAACACAUA